AUGGACCUCAAGCAGGCCCGACUUGAAACCCCACAGACCUACUACAGCGACUCCGACAAGCCUACUUCGGAGCACGGAACCAGCCAGGAUGUCAAUUUCAGAACUUUGUUCCUUCGAAAUCUGCAUCCCACAGUGAGUCAUCACUUAGGCAUCCUGGCCUGUCCCCGUGGCAUGUCUACCCAACAGCUACGAGACUUGGCCCACAAAGCUCACAUUAAGCAAAAGAUUGUGUCCGAAAAGACUUUGAAAGACCACACAAUCUACUCUGUCUCUGAACACUACUCAGAGCUGCCUCUAGAGGGCGCCCCACAACACCACAGCCCUUUUUACAGAGAGUCAAGACCGUUCCAGGGCAGCAGAGGGCAGCACAACCGUGAUGGUGCUCGUCCAAGACACCAGAGCGAGCGCUCUGAAAGAUUCUUGGAAGCCUGCCGGCGACCCAGAAACAGCCAACCCCCAUCACCAAGAGACUCAAGCCCAGACAGCCCGGAGCGGUACCCCUCUCAACAUGCCACUGGUGAGGACACUUUCGAGCUAUUCUCGGUGAAUCUGGAGCUGGAAUCCGUGGAGAAACAGAUCCGUGGUCUGCUGGAAAAGCAAGCCGAGCUGUUGGAUCGGCGAUCAGCACUUGAAGCAGCACGCGCCGAUGCUCACAAAAUAAGUCAAAAUCCAAAUCACAGUCUUUGCUGUCCAAACUUAAUUGAUAUACGUAGUGAAGAACAUUAUAUAGAAACUGUGUCUAUUCCUCGUUUAGUGAAGCCAAACAAUAAAUCUAGUGCAGGAUCUAGCAAAAAUCUUAUUGUAAUUAAACCAGAAAAUCUAAAUAUCAGUGAACAAAAAGAAUUUCUAAAGCUAGGUCUUCUAAACAUUAGAUCGCUCACACCUAAAGCGGUUAUUGUAAAUGAAAUGGUCACAGAUAAUAAUUUCGAUAUACUUUGCCUUACUGAAACCUGGCUUAAACCAAAUGAGUAUUUCGGUCUAAAUGAGUCUACUCCGCCAAGAUACUGUUAUAAGCAUGAGCCCCGUCUGACUGGUCGUGGCGGCGGUGUUGCAACAAUCUAUAAAGAUAUUCUUAAUAUUUCUCAGAAAACAGGUCACAGAUUUAAUUCGUUUGAAGUACUUAUGCUAAAUGUUACGCUCUUAGAUGUAAGAAAGAAAUCCAUAUUAUCUCUAGCCUUGGCUACUGUAUAUAGACCUCCAGGGCCAUAUGCUGAAUUUCUAAAAGAGUUUGCAGACUUUCUCUCGGAUCUAUUGGUUAAUGUCGAUAAAGCAAUAAUUGUUGGAGAUUUUAACAUACACGUAGACAACAAAAAUGAUGCCUUAGGGGCUGCGUUUACAGAUUUAUUAAACUCCUUUGGGGUCAAGCAAAACGUCCGUGGUCCCACUCAUCGUCUAAAUCAUACACUAGAUUUAAUUAUAUCAUAUGGAACCAAUCCAACUGAUAUAGAUAUUAUACCGCAAAGUGAUGAUGUCACUGAUCAUUACAUGGUAACGUGCAUAAUACGUACUGCUGAAAUAUGUCAUGUUGCGCCACGUUAUAGACCAGGCAGAACAAUCCUUCCAACCACUAUAGAUAGAUUCUCAAAUAGCUUACCUGAUCUAUCUCAGCUGCUCAGUGAACCCAAACAAACAGAUGAACUAGAGGAAAUGACUAGCAGUUUGAGCACCAUUUUCACUAGUACAUUAGAUAUUGUUGCACCAAUUAGAUUAAAAAAGGUUAAAGAGAAAACUAAAGCACCAUGGUACAACAGUGUUACGCAUGAUAUCAAGAGAGAAACUCGUAACCUAGAGCGUAAAUGGAAACAAACUAAUUUAGAGGUCUUUAGAAUCGCGUGGAAAGACAGUAUGUCACGUUAUAAAAAGGCUCUAAAAACAGCCAGGGCUGAGCACCUCCGCAAACUAAUAGAAAAUAACCAAAAUAAUCCAAGGUUCUUAUUUAACACCGUGGCUAGACUAACAAAUAAACAGACAUCACCAGAGCAAAAUAUACCGUUACAGUUUAGUAGUAAUGAUUUUAUGAAUUAUUUCAAUGAGAAAAUAGAAAGCAUUCGAAACACAAUUAUAAAUGUACAAUCCUCUAUGGUCUCUUAUGAUUCAGCCUCAAUUAUCGUCCCUCAAGAACAACUACACCGCUUUGCAACGAUAGGACAGGAAGAGCUAAAUAAACUUAUUAUUGCAUCUAAACCAACAACAUGCUCAUUAGAUCCAAUACCCACUAAACUACUGAAAGAAGUGUUACCUGUAGUGGAAGAGCCUCUUCUUAAUAUUAUUAACUCGUCUUUAUUCUUAGGUCAUGUUCCAAGAAUAUUCAAGUUGGCAGUAAUAAAACCUCUCAUUAAGAAACCGCAACUAGAUCCAAAUAACCUAGCAAAUUACAGACCCAUUUCAAAUCUUCCAUUUAUGUCCAAAAUACUAGAAAAAGUUGUAUCCGCUCAACUGUGCUCUUUUUUGCAAGAAAAUGAUAUCUAUGAAAAAUUCCAGUCAGGAUUCAGACCGCAUCAUAGUACAGAAACUGCGCUAGUUAAAAUUACAAAUGAUCUACUCUUAGCUUCUGACCAAGGCUGUAUCUCAAUACUAGUCCUACUUGAUCUUAGCGCCGCGUUCGACACUAUAGAUCAUAAAAUACUCUUGGAUCGACUACAAAACUACACUGGUGUUCAGGGACAGGCAUUAAGCUGGUUUAGAUCGUACUUAUCUGACCGUUAUCAUUUUGUCUCUUUACACGGGGGAAAAUCAAAGUUAACGUCAGUAGACUACGGAGUACCGCAAGGAUCGGUGCUAGGCCCUCUGCUAUUCUCAAUAUAUAUGCUGCCACUUGGUAAUAUUAUAAGAAAACAUGGAAUUAAUUUCCACUGUUAUGCUGACGACACUCAAUUAUAUAUUUCAUCACGACCAGAUGAAAACAUUACCUCAUCUAAAUUGACAGAAUGUCUCAAAGAUAUAAAAUGCUGGAUGACGCGUAAUUUCCUGCUAUUAAAUUCAGAUAAAACGGAGGUAUUACUUAUUGGUCCAAAAAACUACACACAAAACCUCUUACAAUACGACUUUAAUAUAGAAGGAUGCCCUGUUACUUUUUCCACUACAGUAAAAGACCUGGGUGUUAUACUAGACCGCAACUUGUCUUUCGAAAAUCAUAUUUCAUCUGUUACAAGAACAGCCUUUUUCCACCUUAGAAACAUUGCUAAAUUACGUAACAUGCUAUCUGUUUCUGAUGCAGAAAAGUUAGUUCAUGCAUUCAUGACCUCGAGACUAGAUUACUGUAAUGCUUUAUUAGCUGGUUGUCCUGCAUCCUCAAUAAACAAGCUACAGUUAGUGCAAAAUGCAGCCGCUAGAGUUCUUACUAGAUCAAGAAAAUAUGAUCAUAUAACACCGAUUUUAUCAUCUCUGCACUGGUUACCUAUUAAGUUCCGUAUCAAUUACAAAGUACUACUACUGACCUAUAAAGCCCUUAAUGGUUUAGCUCCUAUGUACUUAACGGACCUUCUUUCGCCCUACAAUCCACCGCGUUCUCUAAGAUCACUAAAUUCAAGGCUUCUGGUCAUUCCUAGGAUAUCGAAGUCCACGAAAGGAGGGAGGGCAUUCUCGCAUUUAGCUCCAAAACUCUGGAAUAGCCUUCCCGAUACGGUCCGAUGCUCUGACUCGCUGACACAGUUUAAAACUAGACUAAAGACGUGUCUCUUUAGUCAAGCAUUCACAUAAUGCUUACCUUUUAGUCCUCUGCUAUGCCAUACGGAACCGUUUGCCACUGAAACUGCUUAACGCACCAGUGGGGCUCGACAGCCUUAUAGACAAACGGGUCGGUCCGUAUGGUUGCGGUUGGGUUGCGGAGAGUUUGGGUUGCGGAGAGUUGUGAGAUUAUGGUUUUCUAACACCUACUCCCGUGUAAUGGAAAUCAUUAUGAACAUCAGCUAUGCUAAUUAUUUCCCAUCUGCCUUUCUGCUGUUAUCUCGGGACGCUUGUCCCGAGAAAAAUGGCGUUCGUAGGCUCCAGUUUGGUAUCCUGCCUCUCACGGGGAUUUCGGAUGCCUCAACGCCUGUGAUGAGAAGACCAACGCCUGUGAAGAGACGACUCAACGCCUGCGAAGAGACGACUCAACGCCGGCGAUAU